GUCAAAAUCAAUGAUGUUUUUGUACUUUUUGUGGUGAAAGGUGAAAAUCAGGAAAAAUUUAGUAAUCCUAACAUCUAUCUAGUCCAAAGCGAAUUACGUUGUGUUUGACUGCGGAUACGCGUAAAUAUAAUAAAUAGACGCGUGAGUCAUACUAAUCUUUACAUUCUUGAGUAAAACAUAUUUAAGUGCAAAUAGUGACAAUGUCCACAAAUGAGCAAAAGGCUCAGCAGCUAAUUGCUGAAGCAGAGAAAAAACUCGGGGCGAAAGGGUUUUUCAGCUCCCUCUUCGGUGGAUCAAGUCGGGCAGAAGACGCUAUAGAAUGCUACCAAAGAGCAGCAAACCUAUUUAAAAUGGCCAAAAACUGGUCAUCUGCAGGUAGUGCUUUCUCUGAAGCUGCCAAGCUUCACCUUCAAAGUGGAUCCAGACAUGAAGCUGCCACAAACUAUGUUGAUGCUGCCAAUUGUUAUAAGAAAACUGAUGUUAAUGAAGCUGUAACCUGUUUCCUUAAAGCUAUAGAAAUUUACACUGAUAUGGGCAGGUUUGCUAUGGCUGCCAAACAUCAUCAGUCCAUUGCUGAAAUGUAUGAAACCGAAGCUGUUGAUCUUGAUAAAGCUAUUCAACAUUAUGAGCAAGCUGCAGACUAUUUCAGAGGUGAGGAAAGCAACUCUUCUGCCAAUAAGUGUUUGCUUAAAGUAGCACAUUAUGCUGCCCAGCUGGAACAAUAUGAUAAAGCUAUUCAGAUCUAUCAGGAAGUGGCUACAAGCUCAUUGGAAAGUUCUCUGCAGAAAUAUAGUGCCAAGGAGUACUUUUUCCGUGCUGCCCUAUGUCAAUUAUGUAUUGAUCACUUAAAUGCUCAGCAUGCUCUAGACCGCUAUAUUCAACAAUAUCCAGCAUUCCAAGACUCUCGUGAGUAUAAGUUUUUGAAUAAACUUAUUGAACAAAUUGAAGAACAAAACCUUGAUGGAUUUACUGAUACUGUAAAAGAUUAUGACAGCAUAUCUCGUCUCGACCAGUGGUACACAACGAUCUUACUAAGAGUUAAAAAGCAACUCAACGAAAAUCCUGAUCUUUGCUAAGCUGACAAAUAUUUGUAUGACAUUAAAGAGUAGAAGUAGGGAAAACCUAGUGGAAUAUAGAAUAUGUUGCUUGGAUCAGUGGUAUGCAAAUUUAUUAAGUUCUUGAAUUAAAUCAGAUUUCUGUUAAAUUUUACUCACACAUAACAUAUUUAUAUCUUACUCUAUAUUUAAUUCUCUUUUUUAUGGCAACUUCUGUCUAUUUGCUUGUGGAAAGUAGUGAUGUUACUUGUUUAAUGUAGUGACUAAGAGUCUUCCUUUUGUUUAUAACUUUUUCAUGUUUAAUGUUCUCUCUUAGUAGUUAUGUAAGGUGUUCAAUCAAUUAUUGUAAAACAGAAGUUGCUAUAAUAUACUAUAAUGUAAAAAGUGCAAGACAUCAAAAUUUUGAAGUCUUGUUAGUUAAUUAGUGCUAAGAUUUAAAAUUAACUACACAUUCACUCUAGCAGUCCUGUUUAAACAAUAAAGAUUGCAUCAUUGCAGAUCAUUAAAUUUUAGCUUAAGGGUAUAUUAAGGGCACUAAGGAUGUUAUUUAUGCUUUUAUUUAUUAUUUAGGGAUUAUUGUGAUAUUGAUUUCCAAUGUUUACUCUAAUUUUAGGUAUAAACAAUUAAUAUUUCAAUAAUGAGUUAAAUAGCUGUAUAUUUAUGUAUUUGUAUUUCUUGUUUUCUUUGGAAAUAAAACAAAAUAGCAUAUA